UCAGCUACAAUGCUGGGAUCAGCGCGUGCGAGAAGGGCGAGGAAUGGCAGCAUACUCUGGCGCUGCUGAGCGAGAUGCGGGAGGCGAAACUGCAGCCCGACGCCAUCAGCUACAGCGCUGGGGUCAGCGCGUGCGCGAAGGGCGAGCAGUGGCAGCGGGCGCUGGCGCUGUUGAGCGAGAUGUGGGACGCGAAGGUGGAACCCAACGUCAUACAAUUCAGCUACAGCGCUGGGAUCAGCGCGUGCGAGAAGGGCGAGCAGUGGCAGCGGGCGCUGGCACUGCUGAGCGAGAUGUGGGGAGCGAAGCUGGAGCCCGGCGUCAUCAGCUACAGCGCUGGGAUCAGCGCGUGCGAGAAGGGCGAGCAGUGGUGUCGGGCGCUGGCGCUACUGAGCGAGAUGUGGAAGGUGAAGUUGGAGCCCGACGUCAUCUGCUACAAUGCUGGGAUCAGCGCGUGCGAGAAGGGCGAACAGUGGCUGCCGGCGCUGGCGCUGCUGAGCGAGAUGUGGGCGGUGAAGUUGGAGCCCGACUCAGUUACAAUGCUGGGAUCAGCGCAUGCGAGAAGGGCGAGCAAUGGCAGCGGGCUCUGGAAUUGCUCAGCGAGAUGUUGAAGGCGAAGCUGGAGCCGAGCGUCAUCAGCUACCACGCUGAGAUCGUCGCGUGUGCGAGAUGCGGUCAAUGGCGGCAGGCGUUGUCGCUGCUCGGCGAGAUGCGGAAUAGAUAUGUGGAGCCGAACGAAGACAGCUACAAUUUGGGCAUCACAGCGUACGAGAGGUCGUCUCGCCACUCGGCAGGAUGUCCUGACUAUCAUCAGGUCGGUCUUUCGCGCUUUCGAGCAUCCUGAGAAUCGUUGUGCGAGUGGGACCCUGCUGGGCAACCACUGCGACUACGUGGACGGGCACCCGUAUCUUGAACUCGGCAGUGGUAUUCCAUCGUGCAGGACGCCGCUCUGGAUGCCACUACAUGGGUCCGCCCUGGCUGGCCACGGUGCCGGGAUCAGCAACUGUGAGAGUGGCGAGCAGUGAAAGCGAGCCCUGCCGUAGCUCAGCCAGACGUUGGAUGUGAAGUUGGAGCCCCGUGUUGCAGGCUGCUCCGCGAGUUGCGGAACGCGAAGUCGGAGCCCAAGGCCAUGUCAGCUGCAGUGCUGGGAUCAGCGCGUGCGAGAAGGGCGAGCAGUGGCAGCGGGCACAGGUGCUGCUGAGCGAGAUGCGGGAGGCGAAGCCGCAGCCCAGCGCCAUCUGUGCUGCAAUUCUGGUCGUUGCGCGUGCGAACGGGGCGAAA